AUGAAAAAUGAAGAAGUGGAACAACAAACUGAACUUAUGUACAAAGAUAAUACAAUAUGGACUGCCGUAUUCAAUGCAGAUGAGGAUGCAAUAAAUCGUUUGAUCGAUGCUGAUCUAAAUGUUAUAAUGUCAAGAGGUGCCGUCGGUGAUUGUCCCAUUCAUAUGUUAUUUCUAUGUGGAACAGAUAAACAUAUGAAAAUUGCUCGAAAUCUUAUUAGACGAUUUCCAACGAUCAUGACGCAAAUUUAUAAUAAACCAAAAUAUUAUGGUGAAAAUAUUCUUCAUAUUGCUAUUGUCAAACGUAAUCUAGAUAUGGUUAAAUGGUUACUUAGUGAUAUUCAUUCAGAAAGUAAUCGACAACAACUAUUAACAGCCACUGCUACUGGUGACUUCUUUAAAAUAGGUCAACCAACUUAUUAUGGUGAAACUCCAUUAGCAUUUGCAUGUUGUACUAAUCAAUGGAAUAUUGCUAAAAUUUUACUUCAACAUGGUGCUGAUAUGAAUGUAACGGACAGUAAUGGUAAUACUAUUUUACAUAUGCUUGUUAUUCGUAACUCACAUGAUAUUUAUACCAAAUUUAAAUCAUAUUGGAUUGAACAGCAAACUUUUAAUAAGAAUAGAAUAGUUGAAAACUCAACAUUAGUAAAACAACCUGUAAAUUUAUGGAAUCGUUUAAAUAAUGAUAAUUUGACACCACUUACUCUAGCAGCUGAUAUAGGUCGAUCUGAAACAUUAUCAUGGUUACUUGAUGAACGUAAAAAAAUACAAUGGUCUUUUGGUAAUGUUUCAUGUUUAUUACAUCCUCUCGAUCAACUUGAUGUUGAUAUUCAAGAACAGAAUAAAAAACAUUCUCUAUGUGUACUUGAAAUAAUGAUAAAAAAUAAUGAUUCAAAAUUAGUAAAUCCAAUUAUAAUAUCAUUAAUCGACAAAAAAUGGAGUUAUUUUGCUUAUCGAAUACUUAUUCGACGAUUUUUCUUUACAUUUAUUUAUCUUCUCAUUUUUCUUGCUACAACAAUACUAGAACAAACACGAACAGAAAUGAUGAUAGAUAUAAAUAAUAAAACAAGAAUAACUUAUAAUAAAGAUUCAAAUAUGCCUUGUCGAAUAGCUUAUAUAAUUGGAUAUAUAAUUGUAAUAUCAGGUGCAUUAUUCAAAGGUGCAUGUGAGAUAAAAGAUAUAUAUGAUCUGGGUUGGGAAAACUAUGUGCAUAGCACAGGACCAGUUUUUCUUGAACAUCUUUUAUCAUGUUUAUUUAGUUUAUGUAUUUUAAUUGUUCAAUUUCUUCGUCUAUUUAAAAUACCAUAUGAAAAUGUUAUUCAUGCUUUUGCUUGUUUUCUUGGAUGGCUUUAUAUGUUUUUUUUCAUAAUGCCAUUUGAAUUUACUGGACCAUUGGUCAUUAUGAUUUAUAAAAUUUUAUUUAAUGAUGUUCUUCGUUUUUGUAUUAUAUAUCUAAUUUUUCUUGCUGGUUUCUCACAAUCAUAUUUUGUUUUAUUUAAUAGAAAUGGUUUACAAGGUUAUUUAUUAAGUAUCAAACAAUGUUUUUUAGGUUUAAUAGAAGACUUUAAUUUAGAAUAUUUUAUUGAAGAACAACAUUUAUGGAUUGGUACUUUAUUAUUUGUAUUGUAUGUUGUAAUUAUUACUAUUCUUUUAUUAAAUUUACUAAUUGCUAUGAUGGAUGAUACAUAUACAGAUGUGAAAAGAAGUGCAACACAAUUAUGGCAUUUAGAACGAGCACGUAUUGUACUUGAUAUUGAAAGUGAGAUAUCAAUAUCUAAACGUCAAUCAUCUAUCAACAAAUAUUGGGUAGAUAUACGAGGUGAACGUUAUUUACAAGUCGAACAAGUGGACGAUGAUGUUUGUCUAUAUCGUAGAAACAAUAAUUAA